CGUGCCUUGCGUGCUUCUCUGGUCCUUCACUUGAGCGGCGGAGGUCAAAACUGACUGGGAACUCCUCCUAAAAGAUGUUGAGGUGAAAAGCCCCAACUCCACACAAUGAGACCGGAGACACUGAGUUCAUCACAGCUGUCGGUGAAAACUGCCGCUCUGCGAAUGGUCGAUCUGCCGCUGUCUGUCUAUGGCUCACUGACUCAGGUGAGCUUGAGCCCUGGAACUAAGCGUCUGGUAGCAGCAACAGCUUUUGGCGCGGUCUCCCUGCUUUACCUGGCAAGACGCUUACAGAGAAGGAAGAACAGGAAGAGAAGACCCUCGCCAUCAGCAGAGUGGGACCAGGUCAACUUUGAUGUGUUCGCCAAAGCCACAGCACAGCAGAGCAAUGGAUCUUCAGAUGAACCAGAUCUUGCCUUGCCUCUCCACAACAGAAGGUCCACUGGUUUGGUUAUCACCACGGAAACGUACAGAAAACUAUCAGGUUCCCUACAGAGCCUGGCUUCAGUUAAAAGUAUGACCUCCUCCAGUAGCAGUACAUGUGCCAAUGAUUCCACAUGUUGGGACCGACCAGAGGACUCCGAUAUGAGCAGUGUGCUGAAUUUGCCUGUAACAACACCAGAAAAUCUUUAUCUAAUGGGUAUGGACUUGUUUGAGGAGGCGCUGAGACGGUGGGAAGAAGCUUUGACUUUCAGGACUAAACAAAGUGACGAUGACGAUGAAACCUGUGGCUCCAUAAAAACUGGAGCUGGAGACGCCAUCGCCGAGCAGAGCAUGGAGGAUGUUAUCAGUGCAGAGUUCAUCCACAGACUGAAAUCACUCCUUCAGAGAGCGUACCACUUACAAGAGGAGUUUGAGGGAGUGCUGGGGAUGUCUGGGUCCAGCAGCCAAGUAGAGAAAAUGUUGUCCAAUGAGGAUCUGGAUGAUGCGUACCUUCGAGACAGUAUCAGCAUCGCAGACUCAACAGACUCUUUUGUGUCAGCUGCAGAGUUGACUGAACACAGAGAGCUGAGGAGUGUUUUGGGGCAUCAUCCGUUUUAUGAAGAGGCUCUGCAGUCAGCCGAAGAAGGGAACAUCACCUGUAGAGUCCUCAGGACAGAGAUGUUGGAUUGCCAUGGAGACUUGGAUUUCCUCGCCAAAUUACACUGUGUUCGACAAGCCUGCGAGCUCAUUCUGUGUGAGAGGACGACCCGGAUGUUUUUAGCUGAAACUGGAAAGAAAAUCCUGUCCUCCAUCAUAGUCCAAGCUCACAAGAGUCCAAAACAGUUUGAAGAAGUUUUUGAGGAACUCAUUUCAUUUCUAGAGAACACAGAUCAUUGGGAGAACACGGAAGUGGAGCUUGCUACACGAGGGGUCAGACAUUUGAACUUCUAUGACAUUGUGCUAGACUUUAUUCUGAUGGACUCAUUUGAAGAUCUCGAAAAUCCACCAAUCUCGAUUCAAAACGUGAUCAACAACAGGUGGCUCAACAGCUCCUUCAAAGAAACAGCCGUGGCAUCAAGCUGUUGGUCAGUGCUUAAACAAAAAAGGCAACACAUGAAGGUGCAUGAUGGCUUCAUCGCUCACUUCUACAGUGUGUGUGAACAGAUCAGUCCAGUUUUGGCCUGGGGCUUUCUGGGGCCCAAGAGCUCCCUGCACGACUUCUGCUGCUUCUUCAAGGACCAGGUGCGGUAUUUUUUGAAGGACAUUUUUGACCUGGAUAAAGUGCGUUACAGUUCAGUGGACACUUUGGCUGAGGACAUCCUCCGUCUUCUGCACAGACGCUCUGAGCUGCUCUUGGCUUAUGUGGGGACCGACUCGCUUCAUUUGAACAGCUGCAAUAACAAUGAAAUACAACUACUCUCCAACACUCUGUUAGAGGCAAGAGUACAAUAAUGGGCAACACUUAAUAAUAACUGCAUUUUAAUAGCCUUAAUAAAGCAUGAGUAAAGAUUUAAUUUAUAAUAAACAAAUCUUAAGAAUGAUUUAGGCUUAGUAACUAAUUCAUACCCCUUAUAAAGGCCCUGUUCCAUUUUAAAAACAUGACAAACAGAACUAAUUCAUUUUAAACAGUUUGCAUUGAUUCCUUCCGUACCUUAUGCAUCCCAAGCAUCCUAAUUACUCAACGUGAGAUGUUUUGCCAUGCCUAGCAUGCUAACGCCACAAGGAUGUAUGCUAGUUGUUCAGCACGUUGUACACAUCAUGAUUAUCAAACAAUAAAAUGCUUACUAAUGAGAUGCAGACAGUACACAGUGGAUUUAUAUUGUAUAAGCAGCUCUACUGGGGCAAGACACAUUCUACUCAAAUACAUAGGAAAAAAAAUCAGGUACAGGCUUUAAUACCCUAGUCACUUAACUAGUUCCUAAGCUUCAAUCAUUUUUAAUAAAAUAUUUAUGAAUUAAGUCAUUGUUCAUGCUUUAUUAAGGUGUAGUUAUUAUAAAGUAACUAUUAGGGAGAUAAAUAGUGGCUUUAAUUGUGAUUAUAUUUGCAAUUCAGCUCAUAGUGCACAUUUUAAACUUAAGCAUCAGCAUUUAAAAAAGACAGCAACAUGAACUGCUAAACUAAUACAAGAAUACUUUCAGAAUAUGGUCAGGUUAAGCAGGUUGUACAUAAUGAAAGCACAAAAGAAUGGCAGAUAGGACAAAGGAAAAAUGGUUAAAUCCCACAGAAACUAUGAAGGUUUGGGGUAUGUUCUUACACAAUAUAUUUUAAAGAGAGCGUAUUAUGCAAAAUCAACCUUUUUGGAGCUUUCUGCCCUCAUCAAAAACUUGCCUGAAGAGGUUUUAGAUGUCGUCUAUGCUUUCUCUCCUGGGCCCUAUUUAAACCUUACUUACGGUUAGCAGUGCAAUUCUGCCCAAUGCUCAGCGCUCAAGCCUACGUCACCCAGGCUCCCACAUGACAAUUUUCCAUAUAUACCCAAAAGCAUGAUGCAAAAAAACUAUACGCUACGACUUCUCAAAGCUGAUGUGAUGUGCAGUGGCUUAAUUAGUGAAAUGCACAUUUGGAAUUUGAUAAUGCUCUGAAGAGGGAGUGAGCAAAGGGAAACAGAGUGAUCUAAAUACCGGUAUGUUAUGUGUUAGCUGUUAAUGCCCCAGAGAAAUGUAAAAAACCCUUUCUUUAAUAUUGACUCCCUCUGUUUAUUUACAUUACUUGAACACAAUUCAUAGAGCACAAAAUUAGGCAAGAACUAUCUGAUUCCAAAAGUCAAAUUCACAUUCAAGAGUUUAAAGGGGCACUAUACAUUUUUUAGGUUGAGGGUUCUUAAGAAUCCGAAACCUUGUAUUGUCUGUGGAGAUUUGUUAUUUUGUGUGGAAUGUUCCACAAUAUGGCAUAAAAUGAGCUAUCUCCAUCCAGCUCAUUAGCCACCAUCAAACCUUUUAAUUGUAUUGAAUUAUUUGGUGAACAAUUAAUGAAUUACUGGGAAUCAAAAGAAAACAUUUACUGUUCAGCAGAGGUGGGUAAAGUAGCCAAAGAUUUUACUCAUAUUACUUUAUACCUCUACUUGAGUAAUAUUAUUCUGACAGUGCAGUGCAAAAACAAAUGUUCAAAUCAUUUCAUAUUGUCAACAAAGCUUUUGCCACGUGUAGAAUUAAUCAUAGUGGGAAGAGUAGCCUAAACUUUUACUGAAGUAAGAGUACUGUUACUUCAAACAAAAUAUUACUCAAGUAGGAGUGAAUAUAUGGUGUUCAAAAACUACUCUGAAAAAUAAAAAAUGUAACUGAGAACUGCCCUCCUCUGCUCAGACCAUAAAACCAAUUGAAACACUGUUGAAACAUAGUCUGAAUGGCACCUUCCUUUGACGUGAGUCUGCAUUGCAACCAAAAUAUGCUCCUGUUCAACAGUGCAUCAAGUCUUCCACUGCCAUCGUGAUCUUAAUAUAGCCAUGGUGAUUACACAAUAGCUAAAACACCAAUAGUAAUAGUGACUUGAGCUGUAUUUACUGUCAUUCAAAGUAGUAUAUUUAUUUUUAGUAUAAAGGAUGUUGCAGACAUUAUUUUUAGAUGUACCCAUUUGUUAAGGGAACUGUGCUAUAUUGUACUUGAACAUAUGUAUAUGAGCAACUUUAGCAAUGCAAGACUUAAAAAAAAAAAAGUAAAGUUGUGCUUAUAAAUAGGGAAAGCGGGUAUCAAGGGACAUUUAAGUAUUAGUAGUCAGUGUAAUAGGUUUCAGUUAAUUGUGUAUGCGUGUUAGCAGUGCAAUAUAUUAUAGCUCUAUCAAUGCAGGUGGUUUCAGACAAGCUAUGGGAAAGUACAAGAGACGACUGCACAUAAAUUGUUUAGGGAGUUUGCAUGUUCUGUGUCUGGGCAACCUAAAAUAUGCACAAUAUAUAAAUCUAUACACCUCUUAUGUUGUUUCCUCAUCAAAAACAUACCUAAAGUAUUUAGUUUAUUGACAAAUGUUUAACACUUAAAUCCUGCAUAUUUACUCCCCUCUCAAACUAAAAACAUUCCUUGUUAGGUCAUAGAAAAAGUGUUUUUAAACUCCAAAAACCUUCACUAGAAUUAUAUGAAUAAUUUGCCAUCCUGGAAUUGACACUUUGAAGCUACACAUAUAAUUUUAGCCUCAUUGAAACACACCAUUUUGAGCCUGAGAUGUAGACAGCCUAAUAAAGCAUUGCUUAAACGUGUGAAUGAAGACACAACUCCAGGUAUGUUUUAGAGGAGGAAACAUUGGAACAGUAAUGCUUGAAGUUCACAAGUGUCAAUGUUGUGUAAUGCAGGACCUUUUAAAUCAGUUUAUAUAAGCAGCCGUCUCUUGUUCAUAGAUUUACAUUCUCUAAAUGCCUUACAAUCAGUGGCCAUAUCUUUGCCUUGUGUAAAUGUGUGUAAUGAAUGUAUGUGAAGUGUUGAAAUUGCGUUGUCCAGUGUGAUAACAUUCACUGCUGUGUAACAUGGGUUUAUAAAGCAACAGUUAGUGUCAUUCAAACGCUGAGCUAAAUUAGCAACACUGAGCAGUACAGGGGAGAAUGGAUAGUUUUAUUUUAAUGUUACAUGCAAUACAUUGUUUUAAUGUAUUGCAAUAUUCAAGAUGCAAUAUACAGGAUUUCAACUUUGGAUGGUUUGGUUCUUACAUUUUAGGCUAUUCUCUAAAAAUUUUAAAAACUUGAUUGUAUAUACAUUUCAUAAUACUUUCAGAAGUAUUUAUCUAAAAAUACCCAAGUUGUAGAUGUGUAGUUUAGUGACAUCUAAUUGAGUAACUUAAAGAAAAACUCAUUUUUGUUUAAGCUGAAAUGUUACAUCGUCAGGCACAGUAUUAUUUUUUAAGAUCGACUAAAUCCAACUGAAAUCCUGCAUAUUUCAACUUUUCAUUAAUUCUUGAAUUUUGAAUCAUGGCAAUUUAGUUAUGCCUACAGCAUUUUAGAAAAAAGUGCAUUCAGUCUAAGGUGUUUAAUUUUGUUAAUCUAAUAAAGAAAUAAUUUCAAAGAUUU